CCUAGACCCAGAAUUUUCCUGUCAGUCUGUUCCCCUGGUGUGCUGAGUUACUGAUCGCCCUUCACCUUCUUGAGGAAUAGCAGGAAAGUUUUUCAGACGUUGCAGAGUAAUGUGAGUCAGUUUAGCUGAGUCUCUGCAGGGAUCCCGCAAGAUAGAUGGAAAAUUAGAGUUUCUGGAGUCUUCAUCAAGAUCUUCAUUUACACAGCUGUUAAAUCCAAGGCUACUGUGGUGAAACCAUGAAUAAAACUGCCUCUGUGAUAUCAUCUGAUCUGCUCGAAAAGGAUCCUGCCUUCCAGAUGAUUACGAUUACCAAGGAAACAGGCCUUGGUCUGAAGAUCCUGGGAGGAAUUAACCGGAAUGAAGGUCCCUUCAUAUAUAUUCAAGAAAUAAUUCCUGGAGGAGACUGUCAUAAGGAUGGACGUUUGAAGCCAGGAGAUCAACUUGUCUCUAUAAACAAGGAAUCAAUGGUUGGUGUAUCAUUUGAAGAAGCGAAGAGCAUAAUUGCCAGAGCCAAGUUGAGGUCAGAAUCUGCUUGGGAGAUAGCAUUCAUAAGACAAGACUCUGGCAGCAGUCAUUCAGAGACUCCACCAUAUACAUCUUUUUUACAAACUUCAGGAGAAUAUGGAUCUCAAAAUUUAACUAUGAAUCUUAUUUCUUCUCCCCCUGAAAACCUGAUUCCAAAGACCUCAUCCACUCCCAAAGCUACUGAUGUCAUUUUACCUUCUCUUAGGAUUAAUCAGAAAACAGAACAGAUUCCAAUUACUUCUUUGGACAACAUCCCUACUGAUAUGUCUAAUACAGAUGUUACCCUUGCCAGGACUGAUAAUUAUGGACCACAAGGAAAGAAGAUUUCCCUAAAUCCAUCUGUUCGCCUUAAGGCAGAAAAGCUAGAAAUGGCUCUUAAUUAUCUUGGUAUUCAGCCCACAAAAGAACAACACCAAGCCCUGAAACAGCAAGUCCAAAUAGAUGCGAAAGGGACAGUAUCUUUUGGAGAUUUUGUCCAGGUUGCCAAAAACUUAUUUUGCUUGCAGCUGAAUGAAGUCAAUGUUGAUACACAUGACAUUUCCAGCAUAUUAGAUUCACAGUUUCUUCACUGUGAUUCCUCAGAAAUGGAUGAAAUGGAAAGACUUAAGUAUGAAAGAAACAAUGCCCUGGAAGAAUUAAAUGCACUUAAGGGGAAAUUAUUUGAAUCAGAAAAACGAAGGAAGCAGUUGACAGAAGAACUCCAGAUUGUGAAACAAGAAGCCAAAGCUGUAGUUGAAGAAACAAAAGCCCUUCGAAGCCGUCUUCAUCUUGCUGAAGCCGCACAGAGGCAGGCGUGUGGUAUGGAAAUGGACUACGAAGAAGUGAUCCGUCUGCUAGAGGCCGAGAAUACAGAGCUAAAGACUCAGCUUGCUGAUUAUUCUGACCAAAAUAAAGAAAAUGUUCAGGAAUUAAGAAAGAGAAUCACAGUACUUGACUGCCAGUUGAGAAAAUCAGAAAUGGCCCGAAAAACUUUUGAGACAUCUACUGAAAAACUGCUUCAUUUUGUAGAGGCUAUUCAGGAAUUAUUUUCUCAUCAUCCCGCUUCUUUAUCAAAUUUAAGUGAAAGAAGAGCUGUGUUAGCUUCACAGACUUGCCUCACACCACUGGGAAAGAAUGGACGUAAUAUUAUAGCAAACCUGGCACUCGAAUCUAAGGAACUUGUAAAAUCUGUCCGUGCCAUACUGGAUAUGGAUUGUCUACCUUACGGGUGGGAAGAAGCUUACACAGCAGAUGGAAUCAAGUACUUCAUCAAUCACGUAACCCAGACCACAUCCUGGCUCCACCCCGUCAUGAGUGCGCUGAACCUGGCCUGCUCCGAGGAGAAUGAAGAGGAUUGCUUGGGAGAACUUCCGGACCACAAGAUUUAAUGGCUUCCUGGGAGAAUCUGAGCUUUACCAUCUACCACCUCCAGCCCUGUGGACAGCUCUCUGACUGAACAGUCCAAAAUAGGAGUCAGACAACCGAAGUUGUGAAAUGAAAUCUCUGGAUUAGGCUAUUUUUAUAGAACAUUCUCUUUAUAAGUGUGUAUAUUUGCAAUAUCCAUUGCCACUCCAGUCAUUAAUAAUCUAGCACACAUUUUUGAAAGUAUCUGUAAUUAGAUUUUAUAGUCUGUACACUUUUUCAUUUAUACUCUGUAAUUUUAUAUGUAGUUCUUUAUACAAUGUCAGAUAUAAUGGUUUUUAAUAAUUAUGCCUUAUACUGGAAAAUUCUUUGAACGUAAUGGAACUCUUCUUUUACUUGAUAAUUCGCUAACCUUUGAUAUUCACAUUGUAGGUAAGGGAUUUGAGCGAGUGUUGUGGAUUCUCUUUAUAUGAUGCAGGGAUCAAGCCAGGGCCACCUCCUGCGAGGUAACGUGAGGUAAAUGUUUGACCGCUGAGCCAUAUCCCCAAACCUCAUCUUGGUGUUUUAUAACGGUCAAAUUUAGACAGGUACCAAAUACAGCUUGCACAUUUAUGGGACUUUCUUACAGAGAAUGUGCCUUUGAAGCCCUGUUUGAUUGAGGCCAUAUAGUAUGCCUCUGGUGCAGACGCAGUGGGUAUUUUUAUUCUUUCAGUUAUUGGACUAGUGCUUCAGAGGAGUGAAGUACCUUGUCUCCGAGUGGAGAUUCACACCCAGGUCUUCUAACUCCACGCCCAGCCCUCUUGCCGCCACACCACCUCCCCACCACCAUCCCCCAAGGAGAGGUCACCGGCAGGCACGCAGCCCGAAGCCCCGGGCUGUGUUGAUGCAGCUGAGCUCCACAGCUGUGCACUCUGCAGAUUCUGGAGUCACCUCUGCAGUCAAGCAUGACCCCCGCAUAACCCCACUAGUCCCUUCCCCCUCCUUCAGCCCCAGAACCCACCCCCUGGAGGCACAACUUUAGGUUGUCUUUUCAGCUGCCUUCUUGUCAAGUCAGUGGGGGGGGGCACUGUGUACCCUUGCCAGGGGGAGUGUUGGAGGCCAGCGGAGGAGGCAAGAGGGUAUCUGGAUGCUCCUCUGCUCUCAGGAGACACGACACGCCCUUGAACUACUUCUGCUGAGCUCGAAACCACCUCACUGACUUGACCCUCCGUACGGAUUAUACUUUGGAUUUUAAGAAAGAUACCUGGGAAGGAAUUGUCUUGGAGUGUUAAAUAUUUUUGCCUCAGUUUAAUGCCAUAAACCGGGGCCUGGGAAAUGGAAGAAAGAAAGGGAGGAAGUCAUUUUUAAUAACUCGGGGCAUUAGAGACCAGCUGAAGAAUAAUAAGAAGGAUCUUGCUUUUACCUAACAUUAUUGCAUUUUGAGGCGUUUGCUUAUGAAGAGUCAGAAUCAUAGUCAGUUCAUCAGAUGGUCUGUUUCCUGCUCCCAAACCAUGUCUGAUAACACAGAGGUUAUCUGUGUUACUGUGGCCGCCUCUGUUUUCCUUAUCUGUGCCUUUACCUCCCCCAACCUCUCCUCCUCUUCCUCACCUCCCCCUUCAGUGCUUUCCCCCUAUUUCCCCUUCUCUCCUAUUUUUCCCCCUCUCCCUCUAAAACAAAGGAACUCAGAGCAUUGGAGUUUUGCAAAGAACCUUGAGAGCUCUCAGAUGUAGAGAUUUUUCAAACACCUCUUCGUGGAAGGACUCACCUUUAGAGCGAAUUGUUCUAUCUAAUGUGUGAGUGAUUUUUGUUUGCUCAUGUUGUUGCUUCCUUUGAAACAAAGUGGUGUGCUGGAGUCCGGUGAGAGCAGUCCUCAGCACUGCAGGGCGAACCUCAAGCUCUUCAGAAUGGAGCAGAAGACUCUUCCAUCUGCAGCCACUUGAAAGAUGAAUAAACUGAGAGUGGAGAGGUCACACGGUAGUUAGUGACCAGGUCAAGAUGGCACCUAGAUCUUCAAUCUCCUAGUCUACUGAAUGACAUGCAAUAUAGAUGGAUGCUCUGAACAUGCAUUUUGUGCUCAAUCAUGCCUUACUGGACAUGUAUAGGAUUCACAACCGAUUACCGUGAAUGAGAGCAGAAAGUCAAAUCCGGUCAGACGGCUCCUCAGCUAGUCGUUAGCUUUGAGAAGUUUCCAGGUGGCUGGAGACUUGUAUUCCCCUGACAGCCUUUUGGUUAUUAGUUGUUUUAGGAAGACAAGUUUGGAGAGAAGCUCCUUGGGGAGCUCUUCCCCCCACCCCAUGUGUUACCCACCCCCCCAUGGAUGAGUAAGAUUCUCUAGCACCCGGAGUUACUCUUCACGAGUAAGUAGCUAUCAUUGUGAAAGUACAGACUUUCUGUUGUUUCCAAAUUAGUGGUAUGAGUUCUCCCUCUCCCUGUUGAGAGUGUUUUUGUAAUUUGUGUCAAGUGAGAAAAGCACAGAAGAGAAGCUAUUCACUUGAGAUCAGGGUAAUCAGGCAGGCAGGUUGCCGACAGGCACCUCAUCUGUUACUGUGGCAGCUCGGUGCCACCAACACCCCCCUACCCCGCCCCCACCCUGCCCCUCAGCUUCUGGUAAAAGAUAGUAACGAUGGUCAUAUCUCUGGGGUGUUUCGUGCCACCUGGUGUGAUGGGGGGGGGGGUGUUGCCUAGCUUUUUUGCAUAUGUUCCCUGACUUAAAGCGGAAACUGUACUAAUCCCCGUUUUGUGAGGGAGAAGCAGGUUUGGAGGAGUUGUGCUCAGCUCUGCCCGCCGAUCACGCAGCACCUUUCUGUAGCAGCAGGCUUUCAGAGCUGGUCUCCUGGGUCCUGUUCUCCAACCGCCCCGUUCUCCAACCACCCCUGUGUAGAGCUGUUUAGAUUCCUGGGGCUGCUAGGGGCAGGGCUGGGGUCAGUGGGUGGGUUUUAUAAAAAGGCAGAUUCCAGCAUAGUGCAAUAAGGAACUUGUGGUCUUAUAGAAUUCAGCCGGAAGGAACAACCCCAGAGAUAGUGGAAGGCUGUCCACGUGUGAGGCUGGGUCUAUCUGAAUCCACAGUUACGGGGGUAAUAUUACUGAGGAAGGUCAGGGUCUGAAUUUGUUGAAGUAUUUGGAUUUUUGUUAUGCGUCUGUUGUCGAUUUAAUUUUCUCCCCUUUUUUAUUCACGGUAUUUAUUCACCAAGAUGUUUAGACGUUUCCAUUAUCAUUGUCUAACCUCUCCUGGGACUCUUAACCUUGAUCCUGGGUGCUUUUUGUAUCUCCCCGUCCCUGCCACACACACCCAAACACACACCUUGUCUCCCGCUCUCUACCCUCCUCCUCAGGAAACCUUAGUUCUAUUAUAAAUGCCUACUGGUUUGUCUUUUAAUUUUCUUUUGUCUCUUCAUCAAUUUUAUAUUCUUCUACUGCACAUCUCGGUGAAAUUAUUCAGUACUUUUCCUUUUGCUUCACGUAAUUUCCUCAGGCUCCUUCCAUUUUACUGUGAAUGGAACAGCAAAAUAUAAAGGUAUCUAUUAAAAUAUAAACAGUAAACACUAUAAAGACAUCAUGCUAUCACGAUAUCACUACAAAGAUAUUGUCUUGAUCCAGUCUAUUGAGGGUAAUUUUGUUGCUUCCAUACAUUAGCUAUUGUACAUAACAGUGCAACAUACAUGGAUGUGAAUAUGACAUUUUAUGUUAAUGCUUUUGUGUUCUUCAGAUAGACACCCAAAGUUGGAUUGCUGGAUCAUAUGGUAGCCCUAUCUUUAGCUUCUUAAGGAAACUCCAUGGCAUUUUUCAGAAUGAUUACAUCAAUUUAUAUUCCCACCAACAGUGCCCAAGUGUUUCUUUUUCUCCACGCCUUCUUCGACACACAUUAUUGCUGCCUUUAAUGUAAACCAUUGUCAUAGGUAUGAGGUUGUGCUCAUUGUGGUCUAAUUUGCAUUUCCCUAAUGACCAGUGAUGGUGAACAUUCUCUUCUGUGCACAUCAGAAUCUAUAUGUUCUUUUUUGGAGAAAUGUCUAUGUUUUUUUCUUUUUUUAAUUAAAUUGUUUUGUUCUGCUGUUAAGUGGUAUGAGUUCUUGAUAGGUGUUGUACAUUGACCCUUAUCAGAUAUAUGAUUGGUGCAUAUCUUUACCUUUAAGUAAGUUGUUUUUAUUCUGUUUGUAUUGCUUUUGAUCUAGAAAAGCUUUUCAAUUUAAUAUAAUCUCAUUUGUUUAGUCUUUACUUUUAUUUCCCUUGUUGUUGGAGUCAAGUUCCCAAAAACAUCUCUGAUGCUCAUGUCAUAUGAUGUUUCACCUGUGUUAUAUUCUCUGUAUUUUACAGGUUUGAGUCUUUCAUUUGAGUAGACCUGCCCUGUUCUUUUGCUUGUAACUGUUUGGUUUUCCCAGCACCAUUUAUUGAAGACUCUCCUUUCUCCACUGUGUGCCUCUCCCUCUGUAGGCACUGCUUCUCCAACCAUCUGGUACUUUUUCACAGCCCAUAUUUCACUUUGUUAUUUAGUUGAAAAUGCAGGAAGGAGAGUCCAGCAUUGCUACUUGUCUGCCAUCUUGCCAGAGUCCCCUUGACUGCACCACUUGUACAGUCCUCAGAUUCUCCUUUCCUUUCCGUUAUGACCUCUAAACUAAAAAAUAAAUGUCUUAAAUAUGCUGCAGGAAACAAGUGGUGAGCACUCACACGGAUUUAUUUUCUAACCAUGUUUCCCUACAGCCAAAGAAUUGAUCCUUUUUUAAAGAACAGCAAGAAAUUAUUUAAUCUCACAAACACCCCAGAAGUUAUUUUCUAAUACAAAUAAAAUUGUCAAAUUAC